GACCUAUGAUUACAUUAGUUCACUUCAGGAAGAGUGGACAUUCCUACUUCGAUCGCGUUGGACUAAGGUCAAAGCUCUUUAUAUCAUUGCACGAUACGUCCCCUUUUCCCUCGUCGCUGCGGACCUAUAUAUGAUCUUUGCCCCAAACAAGGAUGCUGAUGCUAAAUGCUGGAUGUUGAUGAAUAUUUACUCAUGUCUUGGGGUGGUAUCACUCACUUUCUCUGAAUGUAUUUUUAUACUCAGAACAUACGCGCUUUGGAACAAAAAUCGAAUUGUACUCGUAGCCAUGCUGUCCGCCCUCUUUGCUAUCACUGUAUCAUUCAUCGGCUUUUGGUUUGCCACUUCUGAUGCCACGACUAGCACGAUCUCAGGAACCGUAGGCUGCUCCUGGAACAUGCGCAUUAUUUAUUUCUCCAUGCCAUUUCUUCCCUCAGCUGGCGGACAGCCAGGGGCCCUCUGGGCGCCAUCCUGGUGCAGCACAAUAUGUUUUACUACGCAUGCAGUUUGUUUCUCUCAGCCAUGAACGUCCUCACGCCAGUGCUGUUUUCCUAUGUUACCGCAAACUUCCUCGAACGUUUUCAGGUCUUUAUCCUUGCAAUACUCGCCACGCGCAUGCACCUCCAUCUCUGGCAUAACUACUGGCACGCGCACCAUCCCGACGCCCUCGUAUGUAUUUCCAUGUCCGACA